UUACGCUCGCAUACUAAAUACUUCCACCGACACAAUUCGGAAGCGAGGCUGCUUACGAAAUCGACUUUGGAUCGAACAUGGGGGCUCGUUGAAGUUUUAAAUACGAUAAUGUAUGUAAAUUGCGAUAAAAAAGAUUAAAGCUUGCUCAUUAUCGUCGCCGUUACACGCUGUCCCGAACAGUUCUCCGCGAUGAGAGUCAGUAAAUUGUCUACGCGAUUGCUGAACGCUCGUGUUUCCGCGAUUUUAAAUCCCGCGGACAAAUCUGUGUUACGCAGUCAUGUCAGGUGUAUACAAUUUACGUACUAUGCCGAUAAGAACAACAAUGUUCCCGGUGAGACUGAAAAGAUGAACAUGUUCCAAGCAAUUAACAAUGGACUUCGAAUUGCAAUGACAAGAGACUCUGAUGCAGUAAUAUUCGGUGAGGAUGUCGCAUUUGGAGGAGUGUUUCGUUGCACGCUGGGUUUACAGAAAGAAUUCGGCCAAGAUCGAGUAUUUAACACGCCACUUUGCGAGCAGGGAAUCGCAGGCUUUGGAAUCGGUUUAGCUACAGCUGGUGUAACAGCUAUAGCAGAGAUACAAUUCGCAGAUUACAUAUUUCCUGCUUUCGAUCAGCUGGUGAACGAAGCGGCUAAAGUCAGAUAUCGAAGCGGAGGAGAAUACAAUUGCGGUAAACUAACACUUCGAGCACCCUGUGGUGCCGUUGGACACGGUGGGCUUUACCAUUCACAAAGCCCAGAAGCUUACUUUGCCCAUACACCAGGUUUAAAAGUUGUCGUGCCCCGGGGAGCGAGGCAGGCGAAAGGUCUUCUGUUGAGCUGCGUAGAGGAACCGGAUCCGUGCAUCGUGUUCGAGCCAAAAAUACUGUACCGCACCGCGAUCGACGAGGUGCCGACGGCCCAUUAUACGAUAGAGAUCGGCAAGGCUGAGGUUGUGAGGGAAGGUGACGCGGCAACGCUCGUAGGCUGGGGAACUCAGGUGCACGUACUGUUGGAGGUGGCUGAUCUCGUCCAGGAGGAGCUCGGCGCGUCCUGCGAGGUGAUAGACCUCGUUUCUAUCCUGCCUUGGGACGCGGAACUCGUUUGCAAGUCGGCGAAGAAGACUGGCCGUGUGGUAGUCGCCCACGAAGCACCGCUGACGAGUGGUUUCGGAGCAGAGAUCGUUUCGACUAUCCAGGAAGAGUGUUUCCUCCAUCUGGAAGCACCGAUACAGAGGAUCACCGGCUGGGAUAGUCCCUUUCCACACGUCUUCGAACCGUUCUAUCUACCAGACAAGUGGCGAUGCUUCGCUGCUGUCAGGCACGUCUUGAAGUACUGAACUGCCAGGGAUAUUCUACUUAAACUACUGAACCGUACGACCACGACCACCGAUCAGCUGGGAUUCUCUCUACUUAAACUACACCGCGCGCCGAACAGCCAACAAAGGAUAUUCUACUUAACUGCCGAGCGUUCAACAGCUGGGCUUAUUCUACUUACGUCGCGAGAACAACAGAGAUAUUGCAUUUACUCCACUUAAGACGCGAUAGAAUAUACCGGAGACCUGUUGCCGUCGUUACACUGUUCUGCCAGCUGUGUACAUAUCGAUUUUUGGCUUUACAAGUAGAAUCCAUGCCAGUCAUAAAUUUA